AUGGUUAUAAAAAAAAACUUGAAAGAAGAGAAUAAGGAAUUAAAGCAAAGUAAGGAGAAAGCUGACGAGGAAAUUCAAUUGCUACACUCGCUUAUAUGGAAAGAAAAUGAUAGUAAGGAUUUAAAUAAAUUGAGAGAGUUAUUAGCAGGACAAAAAAUUACAGAGAUAUUAGCUGAAUUGGAAGACCGAAGAAAAAACAUUCAAUAUUUAAAUUUUGAAUUGUCUAAAAGAGAAAUAAUUAUUGAAACACAAGAAAAAGAAAUCAAAUCCAAGAAGGAGACUAUUAAAGUUUUAGAAGAAAAGAUUAAAGAGCAUGAAAAAGUAACGCAAGCAAAGAUUAAAGAACGUGAAGAAGUAGCCAAAGCCACGCAAAUUAAACAACAAGAAGAACAAAUCAAAACGCAAGCGGCUGGUAUCUUAGAAGAUCCUAAUGUAACACCACCAAAAGACAUGUGGAAAUUAAACGUAGAUCCGGAAGAAGCACCAAACACACCUGAACGUAUUACAUUCAAACAUGGUAUACUUACUAAGGUCGUAAAUAACCACGAUAACCGAUUCUCUCGAUCUCUAUAUACGGUAUUGCCCGAAUUGAUAUUGUUAAAAAAUCGAUUUAUUGUCAUCAAGAUUCGAAGUUUUAUGAAACACCCGGAGUACUUUUCACCUGAACGGGAAUUCUUGUCUGCUUCACUUACAAGUAGUCAAAAUUCUGUUAAUAGGGAAGUUAAAUUGAAGCUUUACAAGGUAAUGUUGGUCAUUGAUGAUCGUAAAUCUGAUACUGAGAAAUUAUAUGACAUGGAAGAAAGUUCUAUGGAUGUUCAAGUUAGAUUCAUUCCGGUUGGUUCCGAAGGGUUCAUUAAGAUUCAAAGUAUAAGAUUGAAGAAAUGGGGUGCAAGUGAAAACCUUUUGUAA